AUGGCAGAAUCAGAAGAGAAGGCACAGACCUUUGACAUCCCAAAGACAUGCAAAGCAGGCGUAGUGGUUAAUGAAGGCCCCGAUUUUCACGUAGAGGUUCAAGAUGUGCCAGUGCCAGAGCCUGGGCCCACUGAUGUUCUAAUCAAGCUCAAUGCAACCGGCAUCUGCCAUUCAGAUCUCCACUUCAUGUUGAACGACUGGGCGAUACCGAAGAUGUCAGUAUUCGGAACAAAGUGCGCAGGCCACGAGGGGGCUGGAGUCAUUGUCAAAGUCGGCGAUCAAGUGAAGACGCUGAAGCCUGGUAUGCGGGCUGGGUUCAAGCCCAUUCAAGAUACCUGCGGUGUCUGCGCGCUCUGUCGAGACGGCGACGAGUGCUACUGCACAAAGGCAGUCUUGACCGGCCUCAUGUGUGACGGCUCGUACAAGCAGUACGUCGUCUCACCCGAGCGAUACACGACGCUCAUCCCCGAUGGCGUAAAUGACUAUAUUGCUGGCCCCAUCAUGUGCUCUGCUUCGACAAUCUACACCUCGAUCAAGGAAUCCGGGCUGAAGCCAGGUGACUGGGCCGUCUUCCCAGGAGCCGGUGGUGGCGUGGGCAUGCAGGGAGUCCAGCUUGCAAAAGCCAUGGGUCUCCGCGCAGUAGCUGUUGACACUGGUGACGACAAGCAGAAGCUCUGUAUCGACACCGCGGGCGCAGAGCAUUUCAUCGACUUCAAGAAGGUAGAAAGCGUUGCUGACGAAGUGGUCCGCAUCUGCGAUGGUGUGGGCGCACAUGGAGUGUUCGUAACGGCGGUUCAGACCUACCCAUCCUCUAUAUCCUAUCUUGGCGGCCGUGUCGGCGGAAAAGUAAUGUGCAUUGGUCUGCCACCAGUGGGUAGUUACCACAUGGACGUCGAUCCGAAUCAGAUGUGCUUCAAGAAACAAAGCGUUCAGGGCACACUUGUCAGCAGCAUGGCCGAUGUCGACAAGACUCUGGAAUUUGCCAAGCGAGGACUGCUGAAGCCCAUCUACACGGUGUACCCGCUGAGCAAGUUUGAUGAAGCGGUGCAGAAGCUGAGGCGGGGUGAGAUUGCUGGACGGGCUGUGGUAGACUUCAACCAGGAAGUAUAUGUCGAGGGCAUGUCCAGGUCGUCACCCAGCCGGUCUCCGCUCGGACACACUGAAGCUUCGUCGAGCCGCACAUCAAAUGGAAAGCAGCCCGCGGUCGACGACGACCACAGCGAUGAGGAGGCGCUGUUGGCAGACGAUCCGCUAGAGCGCGACCUCCCUGAGCAAAUCUCCUUCAAGCGCAAACAGAAGCCCACCGCAUCGUCCUCGUCCUUUGGCCUACCCCGAUUCUUCUCCUCGUCGUCCCCCGUCGGAACUCCUAGUGCUCGCCACUCUCCUCUCCCCGGCUCGUCGAAUUCCCGCAUCCAACAGCUUCGCAACACGCCGCGCGCAAACAGCGACACCGAGUUGAUCCUCAACUACCUCGACACGCCGGGUAACGCGGGCGAACACCUCCAGGACACGAAAGAUGCAACCGGGCUAGACUGGUAUGUCGAGGGCCCGGGCCGGCGCGUGGGCUACGACGACCUCACGGCGAUUGACUGGAUCUUCGAGUACGCCAAAGAACGACAGCGGUUGCGGUACCUGUAUUCUGGCGCAACCGGGGUACUGGGGCACUUGAAGCAGCUUGCAGAUGCAAGCCAAGUCUGGAUUAUUCUAGUCGCUGCGGGUAUACUCAGCGGAGGCAUCGCGGCCUUCAUUGAUAUAGCGAGCGAUUGGUUGGCAGACCAGAAGACGGGGUACUGCAGUAAUGUUGAUGGCGAUGGGCGAUUCUAUCUGAGCAAGGGGUUUUGCUGCUGGGGAAUCGCCGAAAUGCAAGAGUGUCACGAUUGGAAUUCCUGGGGUGAAGCAAUGGGGAUUGGCAGUGUGGGUGGGAAAUGGAUCGUCGAGUAUAUCUUCUUCAUCCUGUUUUCGGUGCUGUUCGCUGCAUGCGCCAGCCUUUUGAUUCGAGAGUUCUCUCCGUACGCGAUGCACAGCGGUAUCCCUGAGAUCAAGACGGUAUUGGGAGGGUUUGUUAUACGGCAUUUCUUAGGAGGCUGGACAUUGGUCACGAAAACUCUCGGCUUGUGUCUUGCGGUCGCAUCAGGCCUAUGGCUAGGCAAAGAAGGCCCUCUAGUGCACGUGGCAUGCUGUUCGGCUAACCUCUUCAUGAAACUCUUCAGUAACGUGAAUAACAAUGAAGCGCGGAAACGCGAGGUUCUCUCUGCAGCAGCCGCUGCUGGUAUCUCAGUCGCCUUCGGUGCACCCGUCGGUGGCGUACUCUUCUCCCUCGAGCAACUGUCCUACUACUUCCCCGACAAGACGAUGUGGAGUAGCUUCGUCUGCGCCAUGGUCGCAGCCGUCACGCUGCAAGCUUGCAACCCAUUCCACACUGGCAAACUUGUCUUAUAUCAGGUUACCUACCACAGUGUAUGGCACGACUUUGAACUUGUGCCCUUUGCCUUUUUGGGCGUAUUGGGAGGUCUAUUUGGAGGCCUGUUCAUCAAGCUCAACAUGAGCGUUGCCGAAUGGCGAAAACAUCGGCAGUAUCUCAAAGGACCAGUGACUGAAGUCGUCAUUGUGUCUUUCGUCACGGCCUUGAUCAACUUUCCAAUCAAGUUCAUGCGCGCGCAAGCUUCCGAGCUUGUGCAUAUACUCUUCGCAGAGUGUGCAGACCUGACGGAAGAUACGCUUGGCCUUUGCAAGUCCGGAAAGGCGAACACCGGCGUAGUAGCACUGCUUCUCAUCUCGGCAGGUUUAGGCAUUCUUCUGGCAAGCUUCACAUUUGGAUUGCAGAUACCCGCUGGUAUCAUUCUCCCCUCCAUGGCUAUUGGCGGCCUCUUCGGUCGCGCCGUUGGGCUCAGCGUCUCAGUCUUCCAGCAAGCCUGGCCGUCUCUCUUCAUCUUCGGUUCUUGCGCGCCCGACGUACCUUGCGUGACACCAGGGACAUACGCCAUUGUGGGCGCUGCAUCCGCACUCGCAGGAACAACACGCAUGACCGUCUCCAUCGUUGUCAUCAUGUUCGAGCUCACAGGAGCACUUACCUAUGUGCUGCCCAUUAUGAUUGCUGUUAUGAUUAGCAAAUGGAUUGGCGAUGCAAUCUCUCCGCGUGGCAUCUACGAAUCCUGGAUCCAUUUCAAAGGGUACCCCUUCCUCGACAACCGUGACGAUAACGGCUCGAGUAUUCCUGACGUGUCCGCCGCGCACGUGAUGACACGUAUCGAAGACCUGACCGCCAUCACUGCAACGGGCCACACGAUUGAUUCUCUCCGCAAAAUGCUUACCAAACACCGCUUCCGUGGCUUCCCCGUCAUUGACAACUCCCGCGACGCUCUUCUCCUCGGCUACAUUUCCCGCACGGAGCUUCAAUACGCGCUUCAAGCAGCCCUCACACCGCCCCGAAAUCUCUCAGAUGAGACAGACGCAUAUUUCUCCCACCAACCACUCUCCGACCCAACCAUGUCUCUUGAUCUACGGCCGUGGAUGGAUCAAACGCCCAUCACACUAAACGCCAAAGCAAGUUUCCAACUCACAGUCAGCAUGUUCCAGAAACUGGGGCUGCGCUAUGUCCUGUUCACCGACCGCGGUACGCUCAGGGGCUUACUUACCAAGAAGGAUGUCUGGUAUGUGAUGAAUGGCAUGGAGGAACAGGUGGAAGAGGAACGAGCAGAGGGCGGCGCGGGCUUGGGUGUUGGGAGAGGGGGACUGCGAGAGGAGAGGGAUGGGGUCGAUGAAGAGAGUGAGGAACGCGGCUUGUUGGAGAGGGAGGAGGAACAGGACCGCUUUAUAAGCGCGAGGGAGAGAUGA